UUCAGAUUACGAGACACGAGAGCGAAAGCAAGAUACUGUGAUGGCUGUAGGUGGAUAGACUAGAGCCGCCGGCAGGGCGACCUGCAGUACCCACGCCCACUUAGUGUGCGCCCACCUUCCCUCCUGACGCCCCCAAUCUCCCUAUCAAGUGUUGUGCUCAGAACCCAUGGUCCAAAGUUGCGUGUUCUCGAAGUGAAGCAGAAAAAUGAAUAGUGAUUAAUAGUGAAUUAUAUGUGUUUGGAACCGACGCAGCCCGUGAGAAAGUGUCGCGUCGUGCCGGGCUCUCGAGGCCUCGCGUGAGUGACCGGUGGUUGUGAAUGUUGGUUGUGCACGGGCGCGCGGCGAGCGAGGGGAGCACACGGGCGGGGCAGUGUUAUAACCGCCCACGGGUGGAGUGCGAGGAGGCGAGCGUGACGGGUCGUGGGCGCGAGAGGCUGCUUUUCUCGAGGCCCUAGCUAUGCUCUCUGCGCCCGCCCCUUGAGCAGGCAUGGGUGGGUCACCAGCUGUGCUCCUGCUUACAUGAUGGGUAUAUUGGGCGUGUGAAAAAUUGGGCUGACGCGGGCGUGAGGGCCCCGUGGUGUGGGUGGGCAUGGCUCGGCGGGGCGGCGACGCGGCCAAGCAGGUGGUGGUGUCUGUGGUGGGCGUGUCGGGCGGCGAGAGGGAGAAGGGCGUGACGGGCCUGGGCAAGUCGUGCUUGUGCAACCGCUUCACCAAGCACCAGGCCGACCAGUACUACGUGGACCACAUCUCCGUUCUCUCGCAGACGGACUUCAGUGGUCGAGUGGUGAACAAUGACCACUUCUUGUACUGGGGAGAAGUGACCCGCACGGCUGACGAUGGCAUCGAAUUCAGCUUCCAGGUCAUUGAACAAACGGAGUUCAUUGAUGAUGCGUCGUUCAUGCCUUUUAAAGCUGGAAAAAUGGACCCAUACAUCAAGAGAUGUUGUGCUACAAAGAUACAGUCUGCAGAAAAACUGAUGUACAUUUGCAAGAACCAGCUAGGCAUAGAGAAGGAAUAUGAACAGAGAGUUUUGCCUGAUGGCAAGCUCAAUGUAGACGGGUUCCUUUGUGUGUUUGAUGUCUCCCAGGUUCCUAAUCGCUCUUUAGAGCGGCAAGUGGAGAUGACUGCAAGUAUUUUAAACAACUGUCUCAAGACUAAAAGACCAGUUGUACUCGUUACUACAAAAAAUGACGAGGCUAAUGAGGUGUAUGUGAAAGAGGCAGAAAAGCUAGCAAGCAGGAAAGAAUUUAAGGGAAAUAUCCCUCUUGUAGAAACUUCAUCACAUGAAAAUGUCAAUGUAGACACUGCGUUUAUGACAUUAGCACAUUUGGUAGACAGAAAUCGAGGACGAAUUCGUAUUGUUCCCUUCUAUGAGGCAGCCAGACAUAGAAAGGAAAUUCUUGAUUUGGCGACAGAUGCCUUCCAAAGAUUAGUGCGCACUCAUGUUCUGGACUACCGGUCUAUAUGGGCCUCAACUAGUAAAAAACUUGCUCAAAGCCCUGAUUUUGUACACUAUGUGGACCUCUUUGGUAUGGACCAAGCGGCCAAACUGUUCCGUCGACACGUCAAGAAGCUCAAAGACGAAUACCUCCAGAGAAAAGUGGAGGCGUACAUGGACAUGCUGCCAUCCAUCCUGCGAGAAUUCUUCCCAGAUCUGCAAAGUUUGGAGGACGGGGAUUGGUUAAGUAUACAGCAGAGGAUAAGUGAACAUCCCGACUUUGACCGCUAUUUCCUCCGCUGCAACAAAGAUAUCCCUUGGUCGGAAAAUACUGACCUCUUAGAUUCAGCGGAUACGCGUAUUCCCUUCGAUGUUCUCGACUCCAACGAAGCAGAGACGGUGUUCAAGAAUCAUGUCAAUGCGCUACAGGCAGAGUUAGAAAUGAGAGAGAUGCGAGACAAAUUCAAGAUUCUUCUUAUGGAGACUGGAUAUGUUACUCCAGGCAAGAGGCUUGAUGAAGUGCGUGUCCUGUUUAUGGGUAGAGAAAGCUUUGACUCCCUAUCAGAACAUGAUAGACAAUUUAUUUAUGAACAACACCAAAAGGACAUUACUGAAAAAGCAAGACAAAAUUUCCAUGAGUUGUUAUUAGAGCAGGCUGAACUUUUUUACCAUGUGAAGAGUCUUGCACCUACGGGCACUAUUACUCAAGAAGACAUUCGUGAAAUUACUCAAACGUUACAAGAAGACAGCAGAUACAAAGCUUUAGACAGGUUAGAGAGUGAGAGAACUUUACUGCUACUCCAACACCUAGGUUUUGUCCAUUGUCCGAAAAAGGAACACUGUCCAUCCUUCCCGAACUGUAUGGACUGCCUGAUUGAGAAGAUUAUUGCCAACAAAGCAGCCAGUAACAGUCGUCCAGGUUCAGGUACAUGGAGUGGGAAGAAUCUAGAUUAUGGCGUACGUAUGGAUUCUCAAGUGAAUUUGGUUCUUCUUGGCAACCACGGCCUAGCAGAAGAUCUUCAGAAUGUUAUUCGGUCUGUUUGUGAAGAUGAUGAAUUUGAACUCGACAAUCAGAUCUUCUCCUUAGACUACCGCAGCAUAGAUGGGGAUGUUUCACUGCCACAAAACUCCUUCAAGACCCCAGAAUUCUCUCCACAUGGUGUUGUAUGUGCAUACAGUAAUGAGGCAUCAUUGGAAUAUGUUAGAGAAUCAUUAGAAAAGUCACUCUUAACGCAACUGGAAAGUGAGGAAUCCACUCCAACCCCUCCCAUCACCGUCCUAUUUGCUCCUGACCCGGACCUGGACCACAAUGCAGCACAGCACCUGCAUGACGAGGGAGCAAAGUUGGCUGACAGUCCCCCUGGCAGCUUGCAAUGCACUUUCCUGGACGUUGGUCUGAGUGUUGGGGGCGGCGAAGGGCGGAGGUUCGACAGCAGUUUGGUCACGAAGGCGCUGCGCUCCUUAAUCACCAGCAUACAGCAUCGCAAUCACUCUCUCAAUAUCUUCAAUUCUGCAACAUUACCCAGAGAUUCACAGCCAGAUAUCAGAAUCAUAAUGUGCAUGUUAUGUGGAGACCCUUACUCAGUGGAGAAUGUGUUGAGCCCACUACUAAGUCACCAGUGGUGUAUUGUAACUGGUGAACAAUCCAUCUCCCUACAAACAUUCCUAGAUGACUGCAAGCGACGUGUGGAGGUAAUAGUGUCCUCCUACCAUGGUGCCAAUGCUUUCCGGGAAGAGUUGGUACAUGGUUUCAUCCUUGUGUACUCCACCAAGCGCAAGGCUUCACUAGCUACACUCAGGGCAUUUUCUGCAAACAUUCCCAAUCUUCCUAUCCAGAUUCUGGCAAUGACUGACACGAGCAGUGCUUCUGCAUUUUUUGGAUCUGAUAUUUCACAACAACUGAUUACUGAGGGUAAUGCCAUAGCUGACAGACUACAGGCACAUUUUAUGACAUCAACUGCAACUUGUCAGCAAAAGACUGCUUUCUACACGCCAUUCUUUAAGGAGGUGUGGGACAAGAAACCAGAAAUUGAGCAGGCCUUCAACAUGGAGGAUCCCUCUGGCCUUGAUGACUCUGGGGAAGGCACGCUGGAGCGUCCCCCCCAUCACCACCACAGGAGCAUCACGUUGCCACCACCAAGACGAAGCCUCCCGCCCAGAUCCCAGUCUGCGGAAGGUUCAGAGAUCUACGAGACCGUGCCAACAGAUGUUUCUUUAGGGGAUGACCUGGAUGAGCCUCUAUCACCAGUAUUCCCAGAUGACCAGCCUCUCACACCUUCGGACGACUCGGACAUCUACUCUCACAUUGAUAACGACGAAGAGGAGCACCUCAUGAAACCCUCGCAACUGAAGAAGCAUCAGAGAUUUCAGCAAGAAUUAUUCCGUCAAUCAUAUCCGAGCACAGAAUCUCUGCCCACAACUGUGUCUUCCCGCUCCAAGGUUUCCACCCAACCCUCUGACCUGGAGCCCACGUACCCCCCCUUGCCACCAUACCCACCCCUACCUCCUUCGGCAUCUCCACCACCCUAUAGUUAUGUCACACGUGACCACUCCUUCGACGGUGGGAGUGGGGGACAGUACAACCAACGGGAUGGGGCUGCAUCCCCAUCCCAGCGUGACCGUCCCCCUCCCCCAUAUUCUUUUGCUCCACGCACCUUACCCCAUGACAUGAAUAAACCCCAGCCCGCCCCUAGACACCAGUUCUUUAAGGCAGAGAGUUUGACGCUAGACCAUGGGGCCUCUGACCGAGACUACCUCAUGAUACGAGAACGUGUGGACAGGGGCUGGGUGGAUGAAAGUGUGUGCUCCCGGAGGCAUGAGGACUUCUGGGGUGAAGGCUAUGGACCCCAGUCCUUUACCACUGGCCGACGAGGCAAACUCCCCCCACCCCCAACCAAGCCACGACCCAAGGCCAGCCAGACCCUCAAAACGUUCCAGACGCUGAGUGAGGCAGUAUGUCAGGUCACGAACAAGCAACCUGGCAAACUAAACCUUAAGGCCUAUAGCAACGUGACUGACGCAAUUGGCAAAAUAAACCUCAAAGAUGCGGGCCUACACUCUAAACUAACCAAAGUGGGGUCAGUGCACGCGCCCCUUGCCACCCCUGAGAAUAUGGACCUAGGCCCUGAUUACGCCGCUCAGGUCAAGGAUGCUGUGCCAGGACUGUACUACGAGGCGGGAGACUAUGGAUAUUCCCGAGUGCAAGAAAUACCGCAGGCUGUUAGCACCAAGACUCGAAGACAGCGUAGGGAGAAGGGGCGGCAAGCGUACUCGGACUCAGACUCCGAAUGGAGUUCCCUUGAGCGGCGGCGUAGUACAGAUUCCUACAAAGUCAACCGCAAAGCCGUGCCCAAGAGGAUGAAAAAGAAGCGCCUCCCGAUACCCGUAGCUGCCCCCCGUGUGCCCCCCCUUCCCUCCUUCUAUGUUGCCGAGGGAGGACCAGGCACUCGCUAUUCGGAUGAGAGGCUAUUGCUCGACCCCUGUGAGAAAGUGGUGAGUGGGUCAGCUUCGGAUGAUUCUGACGCCACAGACAGAGAGGACCCGGCUGCCGCGCGCUCCAAAUAUAAACCUCAGAAACGCUCAUUUCAAUUUAAAAAGAAGACGGGAGGCAGGGAAGGCGUGGCAGUGCGCCCCCAGUGGUACCCCACUGCCCCCACACCCACCGCCCCACCCUCCUACCUCCACCCACGCAUGGGGCUGGCUGCCACCCCACCACAACCCCCUCUCGUACCCAAUGGCCGCCCAGCUUCCCCCAGACACCGACUUAUUCUCCCCCUCAUUCCUGUACUCCCAUGUAGUGUAACAUCUUACUUGGGUAGACCACUAAUAUAUUUGGAACUAAUAACAUUUAGAGUGUUGUCAGUCUCCUCAAAUGUAAAUUUGAGUGAUGACAGUGUUGACAAUCAGAAAAUUACUUUGAGCUGUUAUGUUCACUAUGUGGACUUGCAGUGUAGGAAUGAGACCAUCUGCAUAGGAAACCAGGAAAUUGUAGCACAAACAUUUUCUGAGUAUCUGCAUGGAGCAUUUAGAUGUUAUGAAAAGCAGAUGGAUAACAUCUCUCCUUCACUCUCCUCUCUGCUUAAGGACUACUUGAAACAAUUGCCACCCUUACUGCCACAGAACCAGCUCCUUGAGCUGACCACAAUUGCUAGUACAGGCAUUGGUGACCGCAGCCUAAGACUUUUGAGGCUGAAGGAGAUGCUAACAGGCCUCCCUUCAGUCAACUUCGAGGUUUUGAAGUUCAUUUUUUGUCAGGUAUGUCCCUUUGUCAGAGUUGCUGAAAACUGUAAAUUGAACUCCAUGGAUAGUAAAAACCUUGCCAUUUGUUGGUGGCCAACAUUGUUACACACACUGCAGUUUACAGACAUCAGUGAAUUUGAAUCUCAGCGUCCGCACAUCGAAGAUAUAAUUCAAACUAUGAUUGACCAAUUUCCUUUCCUAUUCCAAGGAAAAGAGGAUUAUGUCAUGGUCUGAUAUUAACCAGCGUUUUCCUGGUAAACAUAACUUCAUUUGUUUACAUUCAGCUGUGCUUUGGUCUGACAAAUCAAAGUGUGGCUCUUGAUAAACAAAAAAGGUUAUGUUUAGCAUGAAAACUUGACCCUAACUCCCCGCAGCCUCUGUUGCUGCAUGUCAUUUUCCCGUGAGCCUGGAGUGGUAGUGCCACAUUUGCCUCUGUGUGGCAUUUUCCGAUCACCAUGGCUCCUUCUGGUUGCUAACUAGACGCUAACAGCCACAACUUGAUGGGGCAAUGCUUCUUGACAACAGAAACCUGGGUACUUAUCCCACAGUGGCAAGUGUAAUGAACUACAUGCCACUGUGGCAGUGUUAGGAGCAUUAAGUCAAUGUUGUGGCUCAGUGUUAUUGUUGGCUGCCCUGAACUAUAUGCCAGUUCAGAAAGUGAUCAGUAUCCUAUUAUCUAAGACACACAAGUAGUGUGUGCUGUGUAUCAUAGAAAUGACAACCAAAGAAAAUUAUCUUCCAAUUUAGUGGAAUGAUAAAAAUGAUUGUGAUUAAAUCAAGCAAACUAGAUGAAUAUUAAAAAUAAAAAACAUAAAAAAAAGUGUCAAAUUGUUGUAUCAGCAAUAUUGACUGUAGAUAUAAACUUGAGUCACCUUUCCAUUAAAAUAAGUCUCUUUUACUCUGCCAGAAGAAAACCACAGAAGUUCUGUAUGCAGAUGAAGGUUAUUAUGAUCAUAGUUUACCAAAUCUGACGAAUGAAUGUCUGUAAUGAGUGUUGUCAGGCCAGCAUUGAAACAGUAUUUUCCCUCUGGGAUUUUGAGAGAAAGAGAGAGAGAGAGAAAAAAAAAAAAAAACUUGUAGAACUAAAUGAUGAAAGGAAUAAAAUACAUUUUAUAGUAGAAAAACUAUUUCAGGAUUUUAGUGUUAUGAUAAACUAACAUUGGAUUGUUGACAAAUGUAAAUUAAUGCAGCUUACAGACUGUUAAAUGGUGAGUACUCUUCUCAUGAGCGUAGCAUUCGAGUACUUAUGGAUAGCAUAAGAGGUAGCCUAAUGCCAGGCUGGAACUCAUGAGUUACAGCCAGAGCUUUUAGUCACAGAUUAAGCUCAUGUUCCAUGUUGUGUCUCCAGUACCAGACAAGAUGCCAGUACCUAUGUGGUAUCUGACAUUCCAGCCUGUCACACAGUUAUCGAGUGCCAUCAUGUAGAUUUGAUCAUUUUCAAAAGACUUGAUUAACAGUUUAAAAUAGAUUGUUUUUAUUGGGGUAAAGUUUAACCUGCAGCCUGGUGCUUUCUGAGCAGAGUCCAGCACAUACAAGGGAGUGAAAGUUCUUGCCCUGCCACAGUUGGUGCCACAGAGGAAGGGUUCCAUCAUGUCAGUACUUGGUAGAUGGAGCAGCAUCUUCUAAAUGGCAGUGGCACGUGUUCCCUGGGAAGACAUUUCCCUCGCCGAAUUGUGUGUCGCUUCCCGGGAGGACUGUCACUCAGCACACAAUGUCUGGUGCCUCUCAGGGAGAAGUUUUGCCUCCCUGGUUAUAUCAGGUACCCCCAGCCCCUCCCAUCUACCCUUCCCCAUUUCCCCUAGAGAAAGCUAGAAUUCCAACCCCAAUCCGCUGGAAUCAUUAAGGGUAACCCGUGGAGAGUUGCACUUGUCAGGCAGUGUCAGAUGAUCCCUAAGGGAGUUGCAGUGCAGUUCAGUUUAAGGAAAGAAUUGAUCUUGGUGGUGGUGUCUGGUGCUUUUAUUAUAUCCAGUCACCUGGCACUCUGGAGGUGCCCCCUUAGGAGCAUCAUCUCACCAAAUUACUGGCAUUGUCGUGUGAAGUGAUCCCUCCUGUGGAUUUUCCAGUCCUUCCUGGGUAAAGUCCCAGCUCCCUGGCAGUGUGCAUCACUCUCAGGACAGUGUGGGUGGAGUCCCAUAGUCACAUGUAUUUACCUGCUGUGACAGGAGCUCACAUAUCAAAUUGUUGAGUCUGGUGGCGUUAAGCAUUCCAGUGUACAGCAGUGCUGCUUCUCACUUGUGGAUCAUCAUUUAAACGUUCUCAUAACGUUAGCAUCCUGCCAAGUUAUAUCAGCAUUUGCGAGGGGAAUCACUUUGUAACCUCAUUUUCAUUGCACAAGCACAUCGAGUUGUGUCUGUGUACCUCCAGUGUUGCUACUGUAAAAGAGAUUGAUAUUUUGAUUAUUGUCUAGUGAUCUGGCUGGUCGUUAUAAUACAUUUACUCUAUUCAAAUUUAGGAAAUCAAUUUUUUUAUAUAUAUAUAUAUUUCCUGUUCUGUCCUAGGUUUUAAGUCAUUCUUAAGCAUUAGCCAUAGGUUUGUUCACAUCAUAGUUUUUAUUUCUAUGAACUCUAUAUACAAAGAUGUGUUCUCAAAUUGACCAAAAAAUGCUUUGUUUAAAUAUGUACAAUAAGUGACUCAUUGUGUGGGGUCAGUAUGAACUGACAUUAUUACCUGUAUGAAUGAUAGUGCCAUAGUGUGCGGCAAGGACAGCAAACAGUGCCAACGCCAUUGUCGACGUUCUGUCUCAUUGUCUUGCUAGUUGCUCCCUGUUCUUUAUUUUGUUACUUUGCCUUGUUUAGUGUUAGCCACGUGGCUGCCAAGUGGUACUAUGUGUGAACUUAGCGCUAUUCUGUGUCAUGCAGCGUCGAGUGGUGGCAGGAGCAAGAACAAGAUGAGACAAGGGCAAUGAUCCCCCACAAAUAUCAGCACAAAUUACAAAGAGUAUCUCCAGGAAGUAAGCUUCCAAAUUAGCUGGUGCCAGCUUCCCAGCACCACAGUUGGGUGCCAGAUGUACAGCCUAUUGCAUAAUAUCUUCCUUGCCUUGUUUUUUUGUAGUCAAGCAGAUAUAAUGAUUUCAUGUUGAAAGAAAAUUAAUAUUUAUUGUACUGAUAUGACUAAGGAAAUUCAUUUUGAAUCAGUAAUGAGAAUUUUUCUUUUUGGCAGUUUUACUGCUGAUAAGUGAUUGCUAUGUAUAGAUGUGUAUGGACUCAAGUUGUCAUUUGGGCAGUUUUGUAAAUUACAAAUUUUCCAAGAAAGUUUUAUUUGAGUUUCAUGCAGUUCAUAAGAUCAGUGAAGGUCACUUCAUGUGGUAUGGUUUAUUACUUUUCCUUCUGUUUUAUAUUGAUUUUAUUAUAGUUUUUAAAACCUAACUACCUGCAUAUAUAUUUUUUUUAACAUGAGUGUAGGGACUGGUUAUAUUAUGUAACUUAAACAGCAAAUGCUAGUCAACAUGCCCUGCCCACUCGACAGCAUCAUGUAAAUUUAUUAAUGUAUUGCACUACAUAUUCUUGAAUUCAUUGUAUAAAGUCUUACAGCUAUACAGACUUGUACAGCAUAUGUGACGAGUGAGAGAUUCCAUGUACAGUGGACAGUGAAAGGAGUUUUGAGGGUAGUAUACUAUAUAAUGCAUAUUUGGAUUAGUAUACUACUAACUAUGAAUAAAAGGCAUUUGCAUUUGA